CUCCAAUACUUCUGCAGGCCUCUUUCUGGCCCAAAACUCUUAAAUGAAUGAAACAAACAGGUCUGAUUAUCAGAAAAAAGGAAGAAAUAAAGUAUGAUACUCCCAAGUCGACUCUCCCUUCUCCAUCCACACUCAGCUCCACCGCUUAGUCUACUAGUCUUCAAUCCGUCUCCGCCGCCCUCUCCAGUUCGGCGCUGCCAAACUCCAUCUCCGGCCCACCCAAAGUUCCGACUUCAGUUCGUCUCCCGCUUCAACUACCGAUUUCUCUCCCAGUCGAUCCAUUCGUCGGCUUUGCCUUCCGGAUAUAAAUCUCCUGCUAUGGCUUCCAAUGGUUCAGACCCUGUGGAGCAGCAAAAAUCUCCCCAGAAGCUGCAAAUAUACUCUACUUCCAGCAAUGGAGUCAAUUCUUUCUGGAGAGACAAGUACGAAAGGGAUGCGAAGAAGUAUUGGGAUGUAUUCUAUAAGCGACACGAAGACAGAUUUUUCAAAGAUCGGCAUUACUUGGAUAAGGAAUGGAAUGGCUACAUCAGCGGUCCUGGCCGGAAAGUCAUUCUAGAGGUUGGAUGUGGAGCUGGGAACACCAUCUUUCCUCUUAUUGCUACUUAUCCAGAAGUUUUUGUUCAUGGAUGUGACUUUUCACCCCGUGCUAUCAACUUGGUCAAGGCACAUAAGGACUACACUGAGACACGUGUUGGUGCAUUUGUGUGUGAUCUUACUGCUGAUGAUUUAAGCAAGGAAAUAUCUCCAUCUUCAGUUGACGUUGUCACAAUGAUUUUUGUACUAUCUGCAGUGUCACCUGAGAAAAUGCCUCUUGUUCUUCAGAACAUUAAGAAAGUUCUAAAGCCAAAUGGUCAUGUGCUGCUUCGUGACUACGCAACUGGGGAUCUUGCUCAGGAACGGUUCUCUUCAAAGGAUCAACAGAUUAGUGAUAAUUUUUAUGUUAGAGGCGAUGGCACUCGUGCUUACUACUUUUCAAAUGAUUACUUGAAAAGUUUGUUUGAAGAAAGUGGAUUCAGGGUAGAAGAGCUUGAUGUGUAUUGCAAACAAGUAGAGAAUCGUUCACGUGAAUUAGUGAUGAACAGACGUUGGAUCCAGGCUGUAUUCCAGUUUGCAAAUUGUUCUAAUUCCUCUGGCAAAGCUUCAAUGAACAAUGACCACCUUGGCCUAGGAAAUAAUAACUCGCUGGUCAAAGAAAGUACGACAGAUGAGGAAGUUGACAUAUCACAAGGGUUGGCAGCAGAAAUGUUCGGAAUGCUACCUUCUAAGUAUGAUGAGGUACUUGUCUUUGAUGGUCUGUUUUAAUAACUUGUGGUGUAAAUCUAGUGAUAUGUCAAAAUAGGUAAGUUGAUGUGGUAGCAAUUGGUUUGUCUUUGUUAUUUGUUGUCUAUGAGCUGCUUGUCUAUAAAUGCAAUUGGUUAGU